ACGGGAGCCCGUGAGGACAGAGCUGCUCGGGUACCCUCAGGCCUCGGAUGUGAUCCCGGAGAGGGGUGCUGUAAAAGGUCACCUGAUACUUAAGCGGUGUGAUCUCGGCUAAUUCAAUGGGUCAGAACGGGGAAUCUAACUCAGCAAUGGAACUGGACGAGAAAAAGGCCGACGAACAGCAGCCAGCCGAGACAUCGCCGUCUGCCGACAACCUGUACGAAGGAGACGAAAACCCCGAGAGAGGCAACUGGACGGGCAAGCUCGACUUUCUGCUCUCCUGUCUCGGAUAUGCCGUCGGUCUCGGAAAUGUGUGGCGGUUUCCGUACCUGUGCUAUAAGAACGGCGGCGGUGCCUUCCUCAUACCGUAUGCCCUGUCCUUGCUGGGCCUCGGUGUCCCACUGUUCCUGCUGGAUCUGACACUGGGACAGUACAGCGCCAUGGCACCCGUCAGUCUCUUCAAAAACUACGCUCCGGCACUAAGAGGUGUGGGCAUCGCCAUGUUCCUGUCCUCCGUGGUGGUCGGCCUUUACUACAACAUGAUCAUCGCGUGGACGGUGUACUACACGUACUCCAGCAUGACGGCCGAUCUGCCCUGGCAGUACUGCAACCACGACUACAACACGCCCAACUGCUUCAAUUUUGACGAUUACGAGCACUGCAAGGCGAUAUACAACGAGUCGACGUGGUGGAUCUACAACUAUGGUCACUGCAUCACCAACCGCACAGAGGCCGACAUCCUGGGAGUCAACAGCACCGUGCCGGAAAAGGACCGCGUCUCACCCGCGGAGGAGUACUACAACAACCACGUACUCAGCCUGAGCUCCGGGAUCGACGAGCUGGGAUCGGUGCAGCCCCGCCUCGUCCUCUCACUGCUGUUCGCCUGGCUGGUCGUUGGCGGAGCUCUCAUCAAAGGCAUCAAGUCGUCCGGAAAGGUGGUGUAUUUUACGGCGCUCUUCCCGUUCGUCAUCCUCAUCAUCUUGCUGAUCCGCGGCGUAACGUUGCCCGGUGCCUCCGAGGGCAUCAAGUUCUACAUCGUCCCAGACCUGGACCGACUCAGUGACAUCAACGUCUGGGUGCAGGCUGCCGUCCAGAUCUUCUACUCAUUAGGAAUCGCCAGCGGAGGCUUGGUCACCCUUGCCAGCUACAACAAGUACCACAACAACGUCAUCAGGGACACCUUAAUUGUCUGCUUCGGCAACUGCUGUACCUCCGUGUUUGCUGGUUUCGCCAUCUUCUCCGUCCUGGGCUUCAUGGCUAAAGAGCUGGAAGUUCCCGUAUCUGAAGUCGUCAAAAGUGGAUCAGGCCUGGCAUUCGUGGCCUACCCAGAGCUAGUGACUCGUCUCCCCGUCUCCACUCUCUGGGCGCUGCUCUUCUUCCUGAUGCUCUUCACCCUCGGACUCGACUCCCAGUUCGCCAUCGUGGAGAACAUCAUCACCUGCAUCCUGGACGAGUUUCCGAAGCUGCGCCAGUGGAAGCCCUGGGUGGUCGUAGGAAUCUGUGUAACGCUUUUUCUACUUGGCAUACCGCUCACAACUGAGGGCGGCCGCUACGUCGUGGACCUGAUGGACAACUACGCUGCGGGCUGGCCGUACCUCUUCAUCGGCCUGACAGAGCUGCUAGGCAUGUACUGGCUGUACGGCAUCACCAACUACUACCGCGACCUGGCCUCACUGGUGGGCUUCAACCCGGGCUUCCGGCUGAAGGCGCACAUCACGACCAUUUACGGCACCGUGUCUCCUCUCCUGGUGGCACUGAUUCUGCUGCUCGGCUGGAUCAACUACGAACCGUACGAGGUGGACGGCUACGUCUACCCUCCCUACGCCAACGGCAUCGGCUGGGCCAUCGCCAUGUUCAUCAUCGCCGUGGUUCCUGGCGGCUUUAUCUACAACAUCGCCUGCGAGCAGACUGGCGACUUCAGAGAGCGUCUGAGGAACUCUGGCCGCCCUACCGAGGCCUGGUACGAACACUCACAGAAUAUCGCCGCCCGGGAGAAGCUGGCGGCGUCGCCCGAGACCGGCGUCGACAACGCGGCGUUCAACGUUGACGACGACGACGACGACCUUUGACCUGAGAGUUCGACAUACCGAUAUCAAACUCUGUGCAUGCAUCUGUGUUUAUCAACUUUACAUCCUGCGUACAUUGUCCUCGAGUUUAGGGGUUUGCUCUGUUGUCGUCUGAGAAUCGCGGGCGGAUUGUUAUUUAUGUUUUGUUUGUACUGAUUGCAGUCGUGUGACAGUAGCGGCUGAACACCUUAAAUUAAGGGGGGGGGGAUACUGCCGACUUUUGGUCCCAUUCAUUCCAUGCAACGCCCAUAGGCCUAAUAAUAAAAUGCCUAAAUCAAAGGGGGCACGGUGCCCCGGUGCCCUCCCCGUUCGGCCGCCUAUAUCGUGUGAAUUAUUUGCCCAGUAGCAAUUAUGAUGUAAUGCUACAUGGCAAGCUGUGUAAUUUUCAUGUUAUAACGUUAUUUAUAUAGGAACUACUAAAUAAAGAUCGACAUAACUUUU